AUGGCUUCACUCUCAAGUAGGCCCCAGUGUGGCAUCAGUCUGUGGGAUCACCGCCUGUGGACCCACAACAAAAGCGCCCUCGACAUACCGCCGGACAACUCUGACAGGCUAAAAGACACCCAUCUCGAGGACAGUGAGGAUGACGAUGUGGAAGACGACGGCGGCGAUUCUGGACUGAAUCAAGACAUCAAGAGCCACCCGGACGACGCAUGGCUUAAACACAUGGACGCGCCUCACUCUUGCCAUCUUUGCAGCAACGUCGUCAUUCUGGAAGAUCGACUGCCCGUCCAUGCCUUCAGUCAAGGUGGUCGGUGUAUUCUCCGUCUUUCCAUGUCAGACAAACGGAUGUGGAAAGCGGGGGUGAAGUGUCCGCUGUUUCGCUAUCUCUGUUCGGUGUUUCAAGAGAGACGGCACCUUCGCCCACAUAGAUACUCGACUUAUGCUGCUGUGGCGAGCGAUGUGGAGGUUGGAAAGAGUGCAAGCGCGGGGACGAGCCCAAGGAAGGAUCUGUUUAUUGGCGUUCGAGAUGGGAAAAUCAAGUUCUUGUACCGCUGGCCCAGGUUUCGAUGUGAUGACGAGGAUUCACCCGCUGGCGAUGCCCUUCUACCGUUGCCGGAAGCUCUCAUUUAUACUCGUGUGAUGUCCGACUGGGCCUAUUCCAAAGCCAAGGCGUGGAUUGACGACUGCACCUUGCACCAUGUCAGCUGUCGACUAGAGCCAUCCAGUUUUGUUCCUACAAGGCUGUUGGAUGUCACGGCGAUCAUCGAUAACAAGAUUCGCCUUGUCGAGUCGAAAUCAGUGCCGAAUAUCGGGAACCAUGCUAGAUGGGCGGCUCUGAGCUACGUCUGGGGUGGUUUACAACCCGUGCGUACCCUCAAGGCGAAUAUCGAGGACCAUCACAAAGGCAUCCCGCUAGCCAAACUUCCACUCACCAUCCAACACGCCAUUGCAGUCUGCCAAAACAUUGCAAUCCCCCAUCUCUGGAUUGACUGUCUCUGCAUCAUCCAAGACGACAACGACGACCUGGCAGUCGAGCUCCAGUCCAUGGCCCAAAUCUACCAGUACUCCACAGUGACCAUAAACGCCGCCUCCGCCGACUCGGUUCACAAAGGAUUCCUCCAAGACCGCCCCAUCUACUUUUACGAGGACACCGUCCACCCAGUGCAGAUCAGUUUCCGGCCGUCUGAGAGCAGCCCCAACCCCAACACCACCGCCCUCCUCCUCAAAGCCAACAACAGCUACGGCCUCGAAGACCUGGACCCCAUCCGCACCCGCGGCUGGACCUACCAAGAACGUAAACUCCCCGUCCGCUCCCUCCACUACUCCACCGCCGGCCUCGAAUGGUCCUGUCGCCACGUCGUCGCCACCACCGUGACCGGCGCCAACAAACGCGACGAUCCCUUAUCGCGUGACCUCCCCGUUGUCCCCGGCCAAGCGCUCGCCCCAUGGUCGAGGAUUGUAUCAGAUUACACCAACCGCAAGCUGUCCUUUCCCGGCGACAAGAUCACCGCCGUGUCCGCCAUCGCGGCGAUUUACGAGCAGGAGCAGAAAAAGACGUACGUGGCUGGGUUGUGGAAGGAGGACAUGCCCGCCUGUCUUGUCUGGUCUGUCAUGGCGAGCGGGAUGAGGCCCCGGUACGGGGUGUACACUGGGCCUAGCUGGUCCUGGGCGUCGACGGACUCGCAUGUGUCGUUCAAGACGGAGGAAGAAGAUGAAGAAGGGGUUGUCUUUUAUGGGACUGUUCUCAAGGCUGAGGCUGAGUCGGUGAUGCCUAAGGCGAGGUUUGCGGCAGUGAAGAGUGCUUCGUUGGUGAUUAGGGGGAGGGUUCAUCGGGUUAGUUUGAGGGUUGAUUUUGAGACCGUGGAGUCAGACAUCGAGGAUGUUGUUUCGAAAGAAAAGAGGGCGAAUGUGACGGUUACGGCUGCGAGGGCAUAUGCAGAUAAGAUUGGGGUUAACCUUGAUGCUUGGGAGGAUGGGUGGGCGGGGGAUUCCGGGUUUGCUGUUGUGGACGUAUUGUUGAUGCCAUUGUUCGAACGGACAGUGCAUGAUCCGGACAUUGGGAUGCCGAACUGGGGAGGUUUGGUGGUUGUCGAAACUGAGAAGGGAGCUUAUCGCAGGAUUGGGUAUUUUGAAGAGUACUUUUACAAGAGAACCGUCGGAAGAGUGACGUUUGCCGAUUUUAUUGUCGGGGCUGAGUUGGGGGAUGUCUUGUUGGUGUAAAGUGGUGGACCGAGAGAGGACCAGAUCUGUGUCUUGUGGCUGAGGGUAGCUUCCUAGGAAUUAAGACGCCUAUCUGAUGUUCCUUAAAGUCAAAGUUUGAGUAGAGGGCGUAGGAUGAUGCUUGGUUUCAUAAAGUUGUAAGAUACCUAGUACAAAGAACUACCCAAGAAGACCUCUUUUGUUGAAACCCAGGGCUUUCUCCACUUGCCUUGACCGUGGAUUUCCGCAA